AUGGCAGAGGCCAUUCAAAAGAAACUCAACGCUGAGUUGGAAAAAUACACUCAGAUGCAAAAAGAUGUGAGCAAGAGCAUGGCUGCCCGACAGAAGCUGGAAACGCAACUUGCAGAAAAUAAUAUCGUUAAAGAGGAGCUUGAUAUUCUAGACAGUGCAAACACGGUUUACAAAUUGAUUGGCCCAGUUUUGGUCAAACAAGACUUGGACGAGGCCAAAGCGACAGUGACCAAAAGAUUGGAAUACAUCAAUGGAGAGAUUCAGCGGUACGACACACUCCUCAAAGACUUGGAGAAGCAGUCCGACCAACACCGACAGAUUCUAUCCAGUUUACAACAGGAGUUUAAGAAAGCGCAAGGCCUCCCUGUGGGCAAAGUCUGA